CCUUCCCAGCAAUGCAACACUCCACUGCCACAUAGAAACCAGCUCUCCAGCACCACUAAACUAUACCGAUCGUCUGUAUAAUCCUCAAGCAGCUAGCACAGAGGCGUCGUCGCCGAUGGACCGCGCCGCGCUCCCGGCGGCCGUCGAGCCCAAGAAGAAGGGCAACGUUAGGUUCGCCUUCGCCUGCGCCAUCCUCGCCUCCAUGACCUCCAUCCUCCUCGGCUACGACAUCGGUGUGAUGAGCGGAGCGUCGCUGUACAUCCAGAAGGACCUGAAGAUCAACGACACCCAGCUGGAGGUCCUCAUGGGCAUCCUCAACGUGUACUCGCUCGUUGGCUCCUUCGCGGCGGGGCGGACGUCUGACUGGAUCGGCCGGCGCUUCACCAUCGUCUUCGCCGCCGUCAUCUUCUUCGCGGGCGCCCUCAUCAUGGGCCUCUCCGUCAAUUACGCCAUGCUCAUGUUCGGCCGCUUCGUGGCCGGCAUCGGCGUGGGCUACGCUCUCAUGAUCGCACCCGUGUACACGGCCGAGGUGUCCCCCGCGUCUGCCCGUGGCUUCCUCACCUCCUUCCCGGAGGUGUUCAUCAACUUCGGCAUCCUUCUCGGAUAUGUUUCCAACUUCGCCUUCGCCCGCCUCUCACUCCGCCUCGGCUGGCGCAUCAUGCUCGGCAUCGGCGCGGUGCCGUCCGUCCUACUCGCCUUCAUGGUGCUCGGCAUGCCCGAGUCACCCCGGUGGCUCGUCAUGAAGGGCCGUCUCGCGGACGCCAAGGUUGUUCUUGCCAAGACUUCUGACACGCCGGAGGAGGCCGCUGAGCGCCUUGCCGACAUCAAGACUGCAGCCGGUAUCCCUCUGGACCUCGACGGCGAUGUGGUCACCGUGCCCAAGAACAAAGGAAGCAGCGAGGAGAAGCGCGUGUGGAAGGAUCUCAUCCUGUCCCCGACCUCAGCCAUGCGGCACAUCCUCAUCGCGGGAAUCGGCAUCCACUUUUUCCAGCAAUCUUCUGGCAUCGAUGCCGUUGUGCUCUACAGCCCGCGAGUUUUCAAGAGCGCCGGCAUCACGGGCGACAACCGCCUCCUCGGCACCACCGUGGCCGUCGGGGCCACUAAGACGGUCUUCAUCCUGGUUGCCACCUUCCUCCUGGACCGCAUCGGCCGGCGGCCGCUGCUGCUGACCAGCACGGGUGGCAUGAUCGUCUCCCUCGUCGGCCUCGCGACGGGGCUCACCGUCGUCAGCCGUCACCCAGACGAGAAGAUCACCUGGGCCAUCGUCCUGUGCAUCUUCUGCAUCAUGGCCUACGUGGCCUUCUUCUCCAUCGGCCUCGGCCCCAUCACGUGGGUGUACAGCUCGGAGAUCUUCCCGCUGCACGUGCGCGCGCUGGGCUGCUCCCUCGGCGUGGCCGUCAACCGCCUGACCAGCGGCGUGAUCUCCAUGACCUUCAUUUCGCUGUCCAAGGCCAUGACCAUCGGCGGCGCCUUCUUCCUCUUCGCCGGCAUCGCCUCGUUCGCGUGGGUUUUCUUCUUCGCCUACCUGCCGGAGACCCGCGGCCGCACGCUGGAGGACAUGAGCUCGCUGUUCGGCUCCACGGCCACGCGCAAGCAGGGCGCCACGGAAGCCGACGACGACGCCGGGAAGGACAAGAAGGUGGAAAUGGCCGCCACCAACUGACCGCAAGUUGGCAGAUCGCGAUGCGAAGACUUGCGCUGUAUCCGUCUCGGCUAGCUAGCUGCCACACUGCCAGAGGAAGUAACGUGGGAAGAUUCGCUGAUCCGGCCGGUGCUGCCGGAGGGCGACGGCGAGCUCCAACUCGAUCGAGACGUUAAUGGCUUCUUAAUGUGCUAAGUUUAAUAUUUCGCGCUUUGGCUCGUUUUGUCCGGGUAGGUCGUGAGCAAUCCGGCAGUGCCAAUGCCAAGGCUAAUCGCUGCCGGACUAUACUACUGUAGUAGACUGUAGAGGUGUACCGUAGCUACUUCCGUGGCGUUUGUCUCGUACUCGCGCUGCAUGGCUCAAGUGCACGCGAGCUUUGGUUAUUAGAGAGAAAAAAUGGGGGUGGUUCAAGGAAUCUACCUGCCAUCGAGUGAAUCAAGCCAGCCAUGGAAAAUGUGUGCAAGAGAAAAUUAAACUAUUGGUAUUUGUAUUGUAAA